UUAAAGCAGUUCUGGAAUAACGGACACUAAUUACUGCAUGAAUCAUCAACCACCACCAGUGAGCCGUAUCGGUUGGGACGAUCAAAAGAUUAUGAGAACAAGAAGAGAACUGGAUUCGGUGAAGGCCAUUAUGAAGGAGAAUGUGCAAAAAAUCAUGGAGAGACAGGGAAAACUUGAUGAUCUUGUUGAAAGAGCUCAGAGGCUCGAGGAGGCAUCGGAUGUGUACGUCAAAUGCGCCGUCAAGAUAAAACGAGAGAUGAGCUGGAAGGCCAAUUCUCUUCGCUACGGGAUCAUUGCUGUGUCAAGUGUCUCCGCAUUUGCAGGACUUGCCUAUUCGUUCCUAUAAAUCAUUUCUCUAUCAAAACAAUUUAUUGGCAUUACGCUUUGUGUGUACAAUAAAUAAUGGAAUGUAU